AUGUCUGAGCAACGCUCGCCCAAGGAGGUCCUGGUGAGCGAGUCGACCCUCGACGUCGCGGGAUCGUCGAGGCAGGAGUCGGAACUAGAGCCGGUCGAGAAGGUCAAGGUGCCAUGGUGGUCGUGCAUUUGGGACUACGAGCCCGGGCGGUCCCGCGAGGAGCGCGCGUUCAUCCAGAAGCUCGAUGUGUUCCUGGUCACGAUGCUGUCGUUCGGGUACUUUAUCAAGAACCUGGACCAGACGAACAUUGCGAACGCGUUCGUCAGCGGCAUGAAGGAGGACCUCGGCAUGAACGGCAACGAGAUAAACCUCGUUGACACCGCGUGGACCGUCGGCUACGUCGUCGGCCAGAUACCCUCGCAGAUCGUUCUCACUAAGGUCCGACCCUCCGUUUGGGUACCCUCGUGCGAGCUCGUCUGGACUCUCCUGACCUUCUGCCUGGCAGCUGCUAAGACGUCGAAUCACGUCAUCGUUAUCCGCUUCUUCGUCGGGUUGGCUGAAUCGAUUUUCUACCCGGCGGCUCACACGAUUCUUGGAUCAUGGUAUAAGCCCUCUGAAUUAGGAAAGCGAGCCUGCAUCUUCCACGCAUCCUCUGCCGCGGCCAGCAUGUUCUCGGGUUAUCUCCAGGCCGGCGUGUAUCGAGGACUAAACGGGGUCAAUGGAUUCGCUGGUUGGCAGUGGCUCUUCAUUAUGGAUGGGAUUAUAAGCCUCCCGAUAUGUAUUGCGGGAUUCUUCAUAUUACCGGAUCUCCCUGAGAAUACAAGGGCCUUUUAUUUAAACAAGGAGGAUCGCGCCAUGGCCAGGGAGCGCAUGAACAAAGCUGGACGUGCCCCCCGCGCGAAACUCGGACUUGCUACCUUUAAACGAAUAUUCAGUCGAUGGCACGUCUAUCUUCUCACAAUCUUGUAUAUUAUAUUCAUCAAUAUUUCACCAUCGUCAAGCAUAAACGUUAUGGCUAUCUGGCUGAAAUCAAGGGGCGAAUCUAUUGAAAGAAUAAACAUCAUCCCCACAGCCAUGUCAGCCAUCCAACUAGUGCUCACCGUCACGCUAGCCAUCGUCUCCGACGCGAUCCGCCGCCGCGCGAGCAUCAUGUCCAUCAGCACCUUUCUCGGGGGUUUCGCGGCUCUCGUCCUGGCCAUCUGGGACGUGCCGGACGGCCUGAAGUGGUUCGCGCUCCUGAUGCAGCGCGCGUCGGUCCCCUACGGCCCCCUCAGCAUGAGCUGGACGAACGAGAUCUGCGGCGCGGACGCGGAGGAGCGCGCGAUCGUCAUCGGCAUCAUGAACUCCAUGGGCUACGCCUUCAACGCCUGGGUGCCGCUGCUGACGUACCCGCAAGUAGACUCGCCCAGGUUCCAGAAGGGCUUCAUCUUUUCGACCGUCAUGUUCGGCGCGCAGGCUGUCAUCACGGCGGCGGUGGCGUUCAUGUAUAAGCGGGACAAGAAGAAGAAGCAGAAGCAUGGAGAAGAUGCCUCUGGGAUUGGGGAUGAGGGGGGCGUUAUCGCGAGCUCUCUGGACCGCCCCUGAUUUGAUAAUCGCAGCGUUUGGUUUAAGACCCUAAAUGUUACCUGCCUUAGGUACCUAAGGUACCUAGCUAUAUUGUAUGAAAGUUUAACUCUCAAUGGAAACCUCAUUAUCAUAACAAGCGACUGUUGAGGACUAACAAAGGACAUAUUAUCUUGAAAAGGGGUGAACCGAAACAAGUGUAAGAACUGUUAAAAAGGCGAUAUUAGGUAGGUAGGAAUACUUAAGUAUUAUUCUCAACAGCUUUA